UUAAAACUUCUGACUUGGCAUGUAGUCCUCUGUGAGGAAUUAAAAAAAAAAUGGUUAUCCCUGAGUGCAAACAGCAGCAUGUAGGUAUACUGCAUAGUUCAGUACCUGGAAAGACAUACUGUGUAAUGCAUAUAUCUGCACACAACCCUUAAUCCUCCUUUGUGCUCCCUUAAUUCUUCUAUAUACCACAGUCCUGCAUACUUUCUAGAGUGGCGUGCACAGUUUCAGAAUGCACACAAUUUGAAUUAAAUGUUAUAUGAUGAUGUAAUAUAUAAAUGCAUUUACUGGAAUAUGUGAUUGUUAAUUAGCAAAUGUACAAACUGGGUGAUCUCUCUAAAACCACAAGAAAAUUAAUGCAAAGAAAUUUAAUUUAAUCCAACAUUAUGGUUGAGAUUUUACACAGUUAAAGGCCAGUGGCAGUAACCCUGCUGUGGAUGUAUGAAGAUAUUUCUGUUACCAUAUGGUGUUGUCUUUAAUGCCUUAAUAGUCUAUGUCUGUGCAAUAUGGCAGAGUAAUGAUUGAUGCAGGAACCAUCUGUGUAUCUCCAACCCUCAUCAGCUAUGUCAUCUAUGUCAUGUCACAGCUCUUCAUCAAAAGACAUGGAUGAGAAGGCAGAUGAAGAGCAACCUUUGACUGCAUGUAACCAGUACCCUAAGGAGGCAGUAAGGAAACGACAAAAUUCAAGUCGAGGUUCCAGAGGCAGUGACUCCUCCAGGACGUCCAGAAAAAGCUUCAGAUUGGAUUACCGAUUAGAGGAAGAUGUAACUAAAUCAAAGAGAGAUAAAGAUGGAAAGUUUGUCAACCCUUGGCCAACAUGGAAAUCUCCAUCCUUGCCAAAUAUUUUGAAAUGGGCCCUUGUGGAAAAAAAUAACAGCAACAUCCCAUCUUCAAAACAGGAACUUGAUAAAGAGCUUCCUGUGUUAAACCCUUACUUUAUUCCAAACCCUGAACUAGUUGGUAAGACUGGAACUGGCAUGCGAGUCACAUGGUUAGGACAUGCCUCAGUUAUGGUGGAAAUGGAUGGACUCGUAAUUCUUACUGACCCCAUCUUCAGCCAGCGGGCUUCCCCAGCACAGUUUGUGGGUCCAAAACGUUUCCGAGGACCUCCAUGCACAGUAGAUCAACUCCCAAAAAUAGAUGCAGUGAUGAUCAGCCACACCCACUAUGACCAUUUGGACUAUAAUACUGUAGAGAGUUUAAACAAGCGCUUUGGCACUGAGUUGAGAUGGUUUGUGCCUCUGGGUCUUUUAGAAUGGAUGCAGAAAUGUGGCUGUGAAAAUGUGAUUGAACUGGACUGGUGGGAAGAGAACUGUGUCCCCGGUCAUGACGCAGUUACUUUUGUCUUUACCCCGUCUCAACACUGGUGCAAGAGGACUGCAACAGAUGACAACAAGAUUCUUUGGGGCAGCUGGUCUGUCUUGGGGCCCUGGAAUAGGUUUUUCUUUGCAGGAGAUACUGGUUACUGUGUUGCUUUUGAAGAGAUAGGCAAAAGAUUUGGACCUUUUGAUCUUGCAGCUAUUCCCAUUGGAGCUUAUGAGCCAAGGUGGUUUAUGAAAUACCAGCAUGUGAAUCCUGAAGAAGCUGUAAGAAUUCAUAUUGAUGUUCAGACAAAGAAGUCUGUAGCGAUUCAUUGGGGAACCUUUGCUUUAGCAAAUGAGUACUACUUGGAUCCUCCAGUUAAACUGAAUGAAGCCCUUGAAAGAUAUGGCUUGAAACCUGAGGAUUUCUUUGUCUUGCACCAUGGAGAAUCACGAGACUUGAAUAUAAAUGAUGAUGGAUUUGAAUAAUUUAAAAAAAUCUGGCAAUUCUUUGAGCCUUGUUUUGAUAUGUACUAGGAAACAAUGAAAAGACUGAUAGCUUCAUAACCCUAUAACGAAAUUUUCUAAAAAUUUGUACUGGAUUUUUAGACUCCAGGUUUGUUAAUUUCAGAGGUAAAAAUUGUAUACCUGCUUGAUUACACAAUUGCUUAUAAACUGAAUGGCAUAUUGAGAGAUGAUUUAAACACUAGCUAAUGUACAAGGCAUUAAUUGUCUAGAAAUACCUUGUAAUUUCAACUAUGUACAUCAACCAAAAAUGCUUUAUUUUAAUUUUUUCAUAUAUGGUUUUAUGGGGUGGAGUCUUCCAACUGUUGUGAAAGCAUGUUUAAAGUAAAAUACUGAUUUUACUGAAUGCCUGUAUGUUUGCAUUUCAUGAGAAACUAAAAAUGAUCUAAAGAAAUGUGCCUUUUUAAAGGGAGAUAUUACUUAAGAUUUGCAUCAUUAAUGCAUAAUUACUGCUGGCCAGAAUAUCUGUACUCUUUCAUUGUUUUAGAAUUAUUCUUUAUCAUAGAUCUAAAUAUUUCUAUUUUGAGAUUGGUUUUCCUUGUCAAAUACGGUACAUAAACUCAUUUUGCUCCUAUCUGAA